AUGUCGAGAGUCAGGAAGUUCGACGAGUGCUACUGUGGAUGUGGCAAUUACGAUCACUUUGCCAAGGCUUAUUCGAAUCCUGGAAAUAAGAUUUUUUACAAAUGCAACAGGAUCGAUCACAUUGCCUGUGACUGUCAAUCAGGUAAAUCACAGAAAAACAUCAACAAAAACAAUAAAGAAAAACAAAUUUCUCCAAAUGUUAAUAAUUUGGAUAACAAUUUUAAAGCACAUGAAAGUUUUAUAAAUGGAGAUACUAAUACGAUAGACAGGUAUGAGGAUGAAGAUAAUAAUGAUAGUCAAGAUGAAGAUUAUGAAGAUGAAGAUAAUAGUGAUGAUAGUAUAGAUGAAGAUUAUGAAGACGAAGAUAAUGAAGAUGAAUUUGAUGACGAGGAUGAAGAUCAAGACGAGAAAAUUGAUGAACAUGAUGAAGAUAAUGAAAAUGAUGAAGUUCGUGAGGAUGAUACAGAUGAUGAAGCGCAAAUUGAACAAAGACCGUCUUAUGGAAAUCAUUCGUAUGAUAAAACACCUCCGAAAUCGAGUGCAGCUUUUCGGAAAGCUCAGCCUAUUAUUCCAUCUUCUUCAGAUGGUGGUAAAUAUUACUACAAAGAUAAUUACUGCUGUUAUUGUGAUAAACCGUUUCGGAGACUAAAUAGACAUUUAUUACGCAUGCACGGGGAAAAAAAAACUGUUAAAAAAAUUAAAGGACUACCAAAAAAUUCAUCACUCAGAAGAAGUUUAUUCAAUCUUUUGACUAAUAUUGGAAAUGAACGUUUUAACAAUGAUGAAGAAAGGAACUCUGAAAAGAGAUGGAUUGUUAAAAGGAGAUUAGCUAAAAAUAUUGGUUGUAAGGUAGAAUUUUUAAAGAAUAAAAAACAAAAAGCUAAAAUAGACGAUCAAUCAAUUAUAGGCACUGAAAUCAAUCAUAAAAAUGAUAAUAAUAAGAAGAAAGCUAUAACUCAUAGUAAAGAUAGUAACCUAUUAAUAAGUAAAAAUUACUUAAAUGUUAAGAGAAGAGUAAUUUGUUUCGCAUGCAGGGGGUAUUAUUCUAAAAAUACUUAUGCACGCCAUUUUACUACUCAACAUGGCGACAUGAAAUGUGAGGAUACAAGAACUUUGUUAGCGGCAGCACAACGCGAAAUGAACUUGUACCAUCCUAAUGCAUCAGACGAUCUUAUAAGGUACGUUUUACCGUCUCUAAGAGACGAUGUUAUUGGUGUAGCUUGUCGCUUUGAUCAUCUCAUAAUUCGAUAUGGAAAUCGAUAUGUUGAACAGUACGAUCCUAUUGAGCAAUCGGAACUUAUUAGAGGGCAUAUGAGAUUAAUAGCAAAAGUGUUAUUGGCCAUGAAAGAUCUUGAUGGUGCUAUCAAAGACCUUCAAUCUUCUAUACAUCCUAAUUAUUUUCCUAUUUUUCUUGGAGCUGCAAGAGUUAUAUGCAAAUAUGAUACUGAAAGAAAAACUUUGGGCAAUGCUUAUAAUGCGCAUACUAUACGGGUUUUAUGGAACCGGCUUCAUAUUAUAUUGAGAGGAUAUUAUAGUGAAAAUAUAGCUAAUAGCGAGUUACGGCGACAGGCUAAAACUGAUUUAGAAGAUUUCUUUGAUCUCUUCAAAGAACAAUACCUACCAGUUUUAGGAUCAAAAGCUACUAAAGUACAAAAUGAUCAGCGAAGACAAAUGUCUCUCAAGACAAAUUUAAUUACAAAAGCAGACAGUGCCACGUAUAUUGAGUUUCUGACAAAUGGUCGAGAUGAAAGAUUAAAAUUAUUGCAAGAAAAGGGCUUUAGCCUUAAUAUAUACAACGAAUUGAUGGAAUUUCAAAUGGUAUUAACAAUGAUAUUCAAUGGACGCCGUCCUGGAGAAACAGAGCGUACAAGAUUAUGGAAUUUCACGCAUCGUUUAGAUGUCGAUAAAGAUGAUGAUUACUUUCAAAUGCUUAAUCCGAACGAAAAAUUACAAGCUUCUAAAUAUUCCGUAAUUAUUGGCCAAGGAAAAAAAAUCGAUGGUAUCGACUGCACAAUUUACUUAACUACUGAAGAUGUUAAUGCUUUAAAUGUACUGACGAAAUUAAGAAAAAAAGCGGGAAUCAAUAAGCAGAAUCGUUAUUUGUUUGCGAUGAAAAAUGGUCCAGAUAAUGUGCGCAUGAAGUAUAUGAAAGCUUACCAAAGCAACAAAAAAUUAGUCAAACUUUGCAAUAAGGAGUAUAAAAAAUUGAGGAACCCCGAUAUAAUAUUAGCAACAAAUGUUCGAAAAACAAUUGCGACUGAUUUUGCAAAUAGUAAUAAAUCAGAAGAUUUAGCAUUAAUAACUAGUCAUCUGGCUCAUACUGAUAAGGUACAUAAAGGCACUUAUCGUCAAUCGACUGUUCACCGCAGAGUAAAAAUAACAUCUAUUUUAGAAGAGCGAAGUAAACUACAAGUGAAUAAAGCAUUAAGUAAUGCCAGCGACGAGUAUUAUAAAAAUAACGACAUUAAUGAUAAUUAUUAUGACAAUAUUCUUGUCAGCAGAGAAAGAGCUAAAAUAAGCAUUCAUAAUGAAAAGCCUAAGAAUCCUUCAAAUCCUAUCAAAAGGAAACGAAUUUUACAAUUGGAGUCCUCAUCUGAAGAUGAAGAUAUUGUAAAUAAAGAUGAAAUGAACAGAAGACCUCAAUCAAAUAAAGGGAUGAACAAUAAAAUAGUAAAUAUAGAUGGACUUGACAACAUCGAAUACCAAUCAAGGAAAACUAAAGAAAAUGUAAAUUCGAGAAAAUACCUCAAUUCUAUUCAGAAUAUUAAGAGCACAGAUAUGGAAGGAUCUAGUUUAAGUGAUGAAACGUCUAGUCUACAAAGCGAGUCAAAUUUAAAAAGCAAGAGUAAGAAAAAGACAACCAGUAAAGGUAAAAGAAAGUAUGGUUUCUGGACCGCAGACCAAAAACAGGAUUUUAUAAAAGCAUUUAAUAAGCAAUUGAAAAAUGGAAAAUAUGCAAGUGCUUCUGACAUUAGAAUGGCCAUAAAAAAAUUUCCCUCUCUGAAAGAAAAAGGUGAAGCAGCCAUCAGAACCCGUUUUUCUAACAUAUUUAAAACAAAUACAGAAAAAAUUAGAAAAGACAUUUGCAGUUAAGUUGGUUUGAUUCAGUUCCGUUUUUAAUAAGCAAUUAAAAAAAGGUCAAUGUGCUACCGCACAAGAAAGCAAGAACGCUCAGUUAGCAUUUCCUUGAUUGCAGUUGGAAAAUAAGGCUAGUACUUGGUUCCAUAAACUUUAUAAAAAAGAGUUUCUGGAGUAUUAAAUGAC